CUUGCAGCUGCGUACACAAAUAAUAUCGAUGAAUACACCAUAUAGGAGACAUUAAGUAGGCAUUAGUGAAUAACCGUUAUUAAGUCUAAUAAUUGUCGCAGGUAUUGACACGUCAAUCAAAUAAAUACAACAAUAUAUUGCCAUUAGAUAAAAUGCCAUUAGGAUUAUUCGAUAUGUUAAUUUCGAAAUUCGCACGACUCGUGUCGCCAGGAUGUGAUAUACUUAUUGAUAUUAAAAUAAACAUUUAUUACACUAAAGGUUUUAUUUAAUGAAUGUUAAGAUAUUAAUAUAUAUUAUUCACCGGCUCCGUUCUUAAUAGCCGCCUCUCACCAUUGUCACCACUAAGCGGUAGACAUUAGUGUCAACUAUAUAGCCACCAUAUGAUGUCUAUACAAUAUACAUCCGUUCACUAACAAAAUCGUAUACUCUUAAUAUACCCAUUAGAUGAUAUCCGUAAUUAAAGAAGAAUACAUUAGUGAAUAACCGAUAUUAAGUCUAAUAAUUGUCGCAGGUAUUGACACGUCAAUCAAAUAAAUACAACAAUAUAUUGCCAUUAGAUAAAAUGCCAUUAGGAUUAUUCGAUAUUCGCACGACUCGUGUCGCCAGGAUGUGAUAUACUUAUUGAUAUUAAAAUACCUAUUUUAGUGAAAAACACAUUAUUGUCCGAUAUUAGUACCUUCUGCCGGACGUAGUCUAAUAUCAAUUAAGUAUCAAUACCCCUACUACCUAUUCAAAUUCGUCUUUAUAUAUUCUGAAAGAGCCAACAGUUCUUCAGUACGUUAUUAACCGUUGUACACGUAUACGCUCCGUCUCUAAAAAUUUUAGUGAGUUUAAAAUUUUUACAAGUGUUUAAACAUUUUAUUAUUUUUCUUUUCGUUUUAAACCGUUGUACACGUAUACGCUCCGUCUUCGAAUAUUUUCCAGUGUUUAGUUUUUAAAUAUUAUUUCGUUUUAAUCAUGGCUGGUUCAAUUGGAAACAUGGCUGCCAUAUACAAAAAGAAGACGUUCGCGUACGUUCCUCCAUCACCACCGGCUGACCUCAUCGAAGCUACAAGCUACACACUGGAUUUUGCGAGCCGUAAAUUUAUACUUGUCGGUAUCGAUCCGACAGAACAACUUCAAACAGUUGUUCUCUUAUUAACAUCAUCACGUUAUGUGAAAAUAAGUAUAGAUUUUCUAAGACGGAUAUUCUCACUUAUGGGUAACGUACUAUCAUUUAUAUUAAACAUACCACAGUCCAAUAAACGGAUCAUUUUUCUCGAAACCGAUGCUUAUAAAAUAUCAAGUAUGGUGUAUAACGGUUCAAACGUUCUGGUAAUUGAAUCCAAGACUGAAGAUGGAUGUAGAGUUUUAUUAAGUCGUUCAGAUUUAAUAAAACUCCAGGAAUUAGAAUGGUGUAUUACUGCUAGUAUUAAUGAAAAAGAAGAAAAAAUAAAACCAGUAAUUAUUAAGCAAAUUAGUGAUUAUUGCGAGUAUUUGAUGGAAAAAUGCUUGCAAUCGGAUUCACCGCCCAACAAUUUGAGGGAAAUGGAAAUUUUCAUUCGGAACGUUGAAGUCAUACAGAGUAAGAAGACACCUAACCUCGGUCAAAUUAAAAUGUUUGCGACUAAACAAUUGGCCGAACUUUGUAUGGCUCAUCGGAAAGUACCUACAGAAGUGGUAUAUGAUAAGAAUUGCAAAUCGCUGUCAUCUUUAUCACCCAGCAAUGCUUGUGAUGAAAUUAAUCCGUUGGAGGAUAAUGAUUUAGUUGAGUACGGGUAUUCACCGAUAUCGCCAAACUAUUCUCCAGGCAACAAUAUAGCUAAAUCUAUCGGUGAACGCGAUGGAUCUAUCAACAGUCUACCGCCACAUACAUCCGAUGAAUAUGAGUUAGAUUCACAAUACCCUCCAUGGCAUCACAACCCAGAUCUAUACCUACGCCAACAAGCUUUAGUAGUUGAUGAGAAUGAUGGUCCAACGUCUUUCAACCUCUCACCAUCAUCCCCUCCAGCUCUUCUAGGAUUCACGGGACAAAAGUUGGCAAAAAAAAAAAAAAACCAUCUAUGCGGAGCGUAAAACGCAAACUAUUUUAAUAUUUGUACUAAAUUG